UGGUCGUUGAUUAAUAUGGCGCCGGGUUCGAGAAAGACGGGGUUCGAGAAGCACGCGAUGCAGGGCCCUUGCUUGUCUCAGCCGAAAAAGGCGCGCUAGCGAAGGCUUACUCAAGAUCUCAAAGCUGAUUGCACAAGCAACACUUCGCGCCUCACAUUUAGAGGGGAAAUGUGAUAUAUCACACUUUUCUCUUCCCGCUCGACAGCAUGAUCCUCCCCCGACACUGCGGGCCCUUAGGCAGUUCACGCACCACAGCAAUUCGCCUCUCGCAGGUGGCACACCACUUCGCCGUUCAUGCCAAGAGGAUGGCGCCCACUCACGCGUCUUACGAUUACAUCGUGAUUGGGGGUGGUAGUGGUGGAUCUGGAGCUGCCCGUCGAGCUGCGGGUUGGUAUGGCGCACGCACCCUCCUGGUGGAGAACGGCAGAUCCGGGGGGACCUGUGUCAAUGUGGGCUGCGUGCCCAAGAAAAUGACCUGGUACUUCGCGUCGGUGAACGAAACUUUGAAGGGAGCUCACAACUACUUCUACGAGAUCCCCGACGUAAAAUUCCAUUUCGACAAGUUCAAAAAACGUCGAGAUGAGUCAAUCCUAAGGUUGAACGGAGUCUAUGAGCGGAACUGGACUCGUGAAGGCAUCGACUUGGUCCACGGAACCGCUAGAUUUAUCGGCCAGAAAGAGAUCGAAGUAGAUUUGCAGGAUGGCUCUGGCAAAUCAACGUUCACCGCGAACCACAUACUGAUUGCCACUGGAGGGUAUCCACUUCUUCCAGGCAUUGUGGGAGCAGAGCAUGGCAUUACGAGUGACGGGUUCUUUGACAUGGAAUAUUUGCCCCAAAAGAUUGCCGUAGUCGGAGCCGGAUACAUUGCGGUUGAGCUUGCUGGGGUGCUGAACGCCAUUGGUGUUGAAGUCCAUAUGUUCCUCCGCGGAGACACAUUCCUCCGCACAUUUGAUCCAAUGAUCCAAGAGACCAUGACGAAAGCGUACGAGGAUGCAGGAGUGAUUAUUCAUAAGAGAUAUCCAGGCUUCAAAAGGAUCGAAAGGCUCGACCGAUCACCCGCAUCCGUGGCUGAUGGAGAAGCCCAUGAGAAGCGCGCUGACGGUCCGUCUCCUGAUAAACACCUACGCAUCACGGAUAACGAAGGCCAGAUCUACGACUUCAAUGAGCUCCUCUGGGCUAUUGGCCGCGCACCUGAGACUCAAGACCUGCACCUCGAUGUUCCAGGAAUCCAGCUCAGCAAGACCGGUCACAUUGCCGUCGAUGAGUUCCAGAACACUAACAUCCCAGGCAUCUACGCGCUCGGCGAUGUGACAGGCCAAGCAGAAUUAACGCCAGUGGCGAUCGCUGCAGGAAGGCAGCUCGGGAACCGACUGUUCGGGCCGCCUGAACUGAAGAGCGCGCGGCUCGAGUACGAGGGUAUUCCGACGGUGGUGUUUAGCCAUCCCGAAGUCGGAGCGAUUGGACUUACCGAGCCUCAAGCUGUUGAGAAGUAUGGGAGGGAGAAUGUUAAGGUUUACAAGACGAAGUUCACUGCGAUGUAUUUUGAUGUCUUCCCCGCGGAGGAGAAAGCCAAACAUCCGACACAGUACAAGCUCGUCUGCGCGGGCCCGAACGAGAAAGUAGUUGGCCUCCAUAUACUAGGUGAAGGCUCCGGCGAGAUGCUGCAAGGCUUCGGCGUGGCCCUCAAGAUGGGCGCUACGAAAGCCGACUUCGACAGCUGCGUCGCUAUUCAUCCCACAUCUGCAGAGGAACUCGUCACUCUGCGGUAAUAGUAGUUAUGGAGCCUAAACACAACGCGUUCA